GGAGAGGCAGCCAUCCCCGCGCAAUGCGUGCCAUGCGGGCGAUGCGCGUAGCCUCAAAGGCGGCCCCAAGUGCCUGGCAAGCUUGGGGAGGGCGCAGCAAGAGCCACGUGGUGAGGCUGCUCACCCGCAUGGACGAGGCUGAGGAGGUGCCUCGAAUGCAAGUCCACGAGGGGGCGGAGGCCGCCUUUGGGCAGCGCCUGCCCUUGGCGCUGAGAGCCUCGAAGUUCGGGCGGGGCGUCUUCGCGGAAGCCGCGGCGCCCCGAGACGCGGAGGUGGAGGUGUGCCCUGUACUUGUUCUGCGGCGAGAUCAUGUCGCCCCGGAGUGCUCUGGCAUGCGCUACUUCUUCAGCGGGGCCCAUGGAGAUGAUCUGCUUUGCGUGCUGGGCUACGGCAUGCUCUACAACCACGCACCCACACGGCCCAGUGGACACGGCUGGUCCCCAGAGUACGCCAACCUCGGCUACGCCGCUCGGCCGAACGAGCCAGGGGCGGCCGAGGCCUUGCAUACCGCCCCUGCCACCGCCCGGGAUGCUGCCGACGGCGGCGUCUGCGUGCGCUUCGUGGCCUUGCGCAGCAUCGAGGCGGGCGAGGAGCUCCUGAUCGACUACUCGGACCGCACAGCCGGCGGAAGCUUAGCGACCGAAGAGCUCAUCAGCAGCUUUCUGCCGGUGAACGAUCUUUUCCGCGUGUCGCGGGCAUCAGUUGCUUGCUGCAGCCUUUGCCGUGUCUCUUUGCGUUCGCUGCGGCUGCAAGCAUUCGGCGCCAACGCGGCGGAGGCGCUGCUGCGGCUGGUGAAGCUCCGGCUGACGGACCAAGGAGCCGGGAUUCUGCAGAUCGACGCCUCCUUCUGCCGGAGCGUCACCAACGCCACACUGCAGCAAUUGCCGGUGCUGCCGGCCUUAGAGCGCCUCAACCUCGACGGGUGCCAGGACGUGGACGACGAGGGCCUGGCUGCAGUGGCGCAGCGCUGCCGGGGCCUGCGGAGCUUCAGCAUCUACUGGAACGUCAAGGUCACCGACCUGGGCCUGGGCAAGGUGCUGCGGGCGCAGCCCUGCGGCCGGCUGCAGGAGCUGUGCUUCAGCGGCUGCAAGCUGCUCACGGACGAGACGCUGCAGCGCCUGGUGGGCCGCGCGAUGUCGCUCAAGGUGCUGGACCUCACCCGCUGCAACAAGGUCACGGACCUGGGGGUGGCGUUGGUCUGCGAGAACCUGUCGGAGCUCCGGGUGCUGAGGCUCUAUGCCAUGGCGCAGUUGGAGCCCAAAGCCUUCGAGGACCUGGCCAGGCUGACGCAGCUGGAGGAGCUCGAUUUGUGCGGGUGCCGCUGUGAGGAUGAGGCAGUCUGGCCUUCUUGGCGGCCGGGGCCGCAGGAGCGCUGCAGACGCUGA